GCUCCCCGCAUGCAGAGAUCACACAGCAGUAGCACAGGGUAGCUGCCAUCUGUUGGCCAGGCUGCAGAGGGAGUCUGGGAGCCAGCAGAACCGCAUUCUCCAGCCGGGGAGGGGGAGGAGGAGAGUGCCUGCAGCUGCUCCACCCUCACUUUGUGUCAGCAGGUAGAAGCACAGCAGCAGUCCCCGGGGAAGGAGGGCUCAGUGCCUUGGGAACAAUCCAUACUAAGAAUGCGAGACAGAGAAAAGUGCUAAUCCCACCGCCAGAUUUACAAAGGGAUCGGUGCAGAAGGGACUCUCCCAGUCAGUGCACGGAUUGGCUCCUGUGGAUGUGAGUGGGGCCAGAGGGGCCUGCUGCAGUCAGAGAGGAGGAGGAGGGAGGAUCGCAUCGCCUGGCUACACACGGCCUCAUCUACCUGUGCAUGCUCCCCUGCCGCCUCCUGCACUAGCUCCCACGCAGCGGGCUCCCUCUAUCCCGCACCCGCUGCGGCUGGAUUGCCAGUGGGAACACCUCUGGUUACCGCUUUCCCACGGGUGAUGUUGCUGGACGUCUGCGAGGCUGAGCUCCCCCUGGUUGCAAGUAGCUGAGAACAAAUGAAUGGAGAGUGGGCAGUGAGUGGGCUGUGACUCCACGCGGGACACCUCACUGGAAGGGAUCGGCGCAAUCGGAGAGGCCCUGCUGCUGCUGUCAUGGGUGGGGGUGCAAGCGGCCCCCUGCCCUGGGGAUAGGCGGCUGGCACUGCUGGCACGCAGGGUUCCCGGGACUGGCAGGCUGCGCUAUGGAUGCCUGCUGCUGGCUGCAGUAUGAGUAGAGCCUGGCUGCAGCUGGCAUCCCACUGGCUGCUGCUGCUACUGAUAACCCUGCAGCCCACGCUGGCGGGCACCGACUUGGGGCAGAGGCAGCGGGCACGGAUCGCGGUCUUCCCCCUGAAGAUGGUGGCUCCAAACUUCACGGUGGAGGGGGUGUUCGCCAGGGUGGCAGAGGCGAGCCCGGCGGAGGGCAGACUGUUCCAGUUCCACCCGCUGUCUCUUUGCAAUGCCAGUGACGAUGACACCCCGAAACUUGAAUUCAUCUCUAUCGUUAAACUGGAGAGUCCGGAACGCUCCCCCCAGCCAUGCCUUUCCCUGGCAAGCAAGGUUCAGCUUGCAGAGAAUAGGGGAUCUCGCGCUAUACUCUUUGAUAUUAGUGAUGAUGAAGGAGCUGUGGACCAGUUACAGCAACCAGCCGGACUAAAUAAGCCUGUAGUACUGGUGCGGGGCCAUGAUGCGGAGCUGCUGAUGAACCUCGUGCACAAUAACACAGAAGCAUAUUUGAAGAUAGAGAUUCAGGAGGAGCCCAAGUGGCUUCACCAUGACCUCUGGAUUCUCAUCUCAGUAUUUGGUACAGUCUUCUUCAUUGUUACAUACUCUGUUAUUCGACUGAAGUGCAAACGGAACCCCACACAGGACUCUGUACAGCAGCAGACUGCACUGGCUAUAAGCCGUCUUGGUAGCAGAAAGUACCAGUCUCGGAUUUCAAGAGAUCGUUGCACAAGGAGUACAAAUGGUUGCCGACUUGAAACCGCCAGCACCAGCAGCUCUGUACCAUGCGCCAUAUGUCUGGAGGAGUUUUCAGAUGGGCAGGAUUUGCGGAUUUUGCCUUGUUGCCAUGAGUACCACCUGACUUGUGUAGACCCUUGGCUGAGGCAGAAUCACACCUGUCCCUUGUGUAUGUUUGACAUCUUGGUGGAACAGAACACCCCUUCACGUCAGACGCAUGUGCAACCACCCUCUCAGCCGCAUUUAUGGAUGCGCUACCCUGGCACGGCUCCUUUCCAGUAUCCCGCUCAGCCGUCCACUACACCCUUAAUGUAUCCCCCCUUGAACAAUAGUAUAUUUUUGUCUAGCUCACCAUAUUUUCUUGGUGCUGGACAUCAUUGGGAAACAGCAGUGCCACGUUCUCACCGCCGUACACCAGAAGGACCCAGGGAAGUGGUAAUCCCUGCACACUGUCAGGUGUCCAGUGGAUAUCUACCGGACGACCCAGGCAGUGACAGCAGCUCAGGUCCAUGUAAUGGCUCCUCCAGCGAAAACUGUACAGAUGUCAGUCUACACUGCUUGCAAGGUUCCUCCUCCUCUUCUUGCCACAGCUCUCAGAGCAACCCAGGGGAAUCGCCCCCUUCAGCACUUGCCUCUGUUCAUCUACCUCCGAAUGAUCUCCCAGGGUUCAACACUGUUGGGCCAAGCCAGAGUUCCUAUGCUAGUCAUGUUCACUUUCACCAGCAUCGACAUCACCACUACAAACGACACCAGCCCAAUGUGCCUCACACCCACAGAUCCAAGCGAAGACCUCGGUCUUCCAGAGGUGAGACAAGGACAGACUUGGGGUGUCACAGGGAUCACAGAGUACCUAAUGGCAAUAGCGGGGAGUCUAGAUCACUUUUGACUCGAAAAGAGCAGAGGACUCAAUCAUCUAGACCCUACCUUGAUCCAAGGGCUAACAGGGAGGUUGUGAGACACAGUCAGUCUACGCCACUAUCUCCUUCACCAGCGCAUGAGCCAAAUGAACCUGAAGCCACAACUUCUUCCAGGGGCCACAGGACAGAACCUUCAAGCAGAAGCCACCGAAAGAAAAGAUCUGCACCUGCACAGCUUCCACCUUACAGCAGCCGUCACUUAUGCUCAAACCAAGGUGUUCCGCACUGUGAAAGAGCCCAGCCCCUCUGGGCAGAAGGAGGCCGACUUCUGCUUGCCAGAGUGAACACUCACCGUGAAAACACAGCAAUGAUGCACUUGUAUCACCCACCUCAUCACAACCUGGGUGCCGGCACAGAAGAGAUUGAAGCUAUUUGUGAACACACAGUGUAAUUCCAGGCAUUCCACCCAUGUUUGGCAUGAACCAACAGCCCAGGUUCCAGUGAUGGGGGCACCAAAGUCCCCAGCACACUGCCUCCAUAUCUAAACUUCCAGAUCCUCCCUCAGCCACGAGGUCAUUUUACACCCGUAACAUCUCCAGAGUCUGUGCAGCUGCUGGCUGAGCCCAGAACAUCUGUGCAUAUUUAUGUGCUAAGACCUGAGGCUUUCGGGGAUCAGUUCCAUACCCCCGAUGCAGUGUCAAAUGAAGUGACUGCAGAGCCUCCAUUUACAGACCUCCCUCACCACCAGCUACAGUAUCCAUUUGCAGGCACCGCUUUCCAAAGGAGAUCUUCUGCGUUUGAACUUGUCUGUGAGGAAAACCUGACCAGCAUUGAAAUACUGCUAGACUUAAACAGGACAUCUUCCUUGGACAUCUUCAGAGUAUACCAUUCAUAGCAUUUUUCCAGGACUGGACCAUACCAUUGACAGCAUUUUUCCAGGACUGGACCAUACCAUUCAUAGCAUUUUGCAAUGAGUGGACCAUACCAUUCAUAGCAUUUUGCCAGGAGUGGACCAUACCAUUCAUAGCAUUUUGCCAGGAGUGGACCAUACCAUUCAUAGCAUUUUGCCAGGAGUGGACCAUACCAUUCAUAGCAUUUUGCCAGGAGUGGACCAUACCAUUCAUAGCAUUUUGCCAGGAGUGGACCAUACCAUUCAUAGCAUUUUGCCAGGAGUGGACCAUACCAUUCAUAGCAUUUUGCCAGGAGUGGACCAUACCAUUCAUAGCAUUUUGCCAGGAGUGGACCAUACCAUUCAUAGCAUUUUGCCAGGAGUGGACCAUACCAUUCAUAGCAUUUUGCCAGGAGUGGACCAUACCAUUCAUAGCAUUCUGCCAGGAGUGGACCAUACCGUUCAUAGCAUUCUGCCAGGAGUGGACCAUACCGUUCAUAGCAUUCUGCCAGGAGUGGACCAUACCGUUCAUACCAUUCUGCCAGGACUGGACCAUACCGUUCAUAGCAUUUUGCCAGGUCUGGACCAUACCAUUGGCAACAGAAUUUCAAGAAUGUACAAACUCAGCAGACCAACAGCCAAAUUGGCAAAACAAUGCAAAAAAUUGGCAAUUCAGAUGUUCAAUGUUUAUGAAUUAUAAUAUGCACUUAAUGAGUAAUUAUUUUUCGAUUUGUAUAAACAAAUGCCGGUUUUGGCCUUAAACCCUCCAUUGAAUGGGGUAAAACAUUCUCAGUUAUACGGCAGCUGUAUCUUGAGAUAUUAAAAAAAAAAUAUAUCCCCUAAUAGGGCAAGUUUACUGUCUCAGGUACUGCCUCUGAAGCUUGAGAGUAGAAAAAGGAUUGUUAAGACUAUUUUACUUUCCGUGCCUCCCAUCCCAAAAGAA